AAAAGAGCCACCGUUGACUCUCAUCGGUUUUAAUUGUAUCUCCGAUCAUGUCGUCGAAGGCGAGUAGCAGCCGUGGCGGAGAGAGCAUCAUCGCUGAUUGUGGACGCAAUACAUCAAUUUGCGGUUACUGUAAAUCCCCUACAGGCUCCAGUAUAUCUCACGGUUUAUGGACAGAGAGACUCACUGUUUAUGAUUACCAAGCUCUUCUUGACCGUGGAUGGAGACGGUCUGGCUGCUACGUUUACAAACCUGAGAUGGCUAAAACUUGUUGUCCUUCUUACACUAUCCGCUUGAGAGCUAGUGAUUUUGUUCCUUCUAAGGAGCAGCAGCGAGUGCGUAGAAAACUAGAAAGGUUCUUGGACGGUGAGCUAGAUCUUAAGCAGAGAGAGCGAAAAGAAGAUACAGAUGUUUCUUUCUCUCGGGAAGUUUCAGAGCCGCUGAGAAAACCACAUGGUUCUGGUAAAAGAGAACAAACUAAUGAAGUGGAACCAAUCAUUAAAGAGUUGUCUGACCACAUUGAUAAUGCGGUUCAAAGAUGCAUACAAAGUGGGGAGUUUCCUUCUAAUAUUCAGUUUCCAAAAUCUUCAGUGAAGAAAAUUCUCUCUGCUAAACGGAAGAAGCUAGCUGAAGGAUCAGAAGAACUCUUGUACACUAGCAACAUUGCUUUUCCAAUAGUAGCUGCAAUAAAACAGACACAAGCAUCUCAGAAAGGCGAGGGAAGCAAAAAGACAGAAGAAAACGUAUUAUCACCAGAGACUGUUUCUGAGAAGUUGUUAAGUGAAAUGAAUAAGGUGGGAGGGUUCCCUGGCUUGGCUAUUAAGGUCUGCAAAGGCCAUAUCAACUUCUUUUCGGCUACACAAGUCACUUCCUCAGAAAGAGAAGAAGGUGAAAACCUCCUCUCUGCUACAACGACUACAAAGUCUUCUUCAAACAACCUUCAAGUAAGAAAGAGGAAGCUGGAGAUGCAUUUGAAAAGGUCAAGUUUUGAUCCAGAGGAGUAUGAACUAUACAAACGUUAUCAACUUAGAGUUCAUAACGAUGAGCCAGAAAGCAUCUCAAAAACUUCAUACAAAAGGUUUUUGGUUGACACUCCGUUGAUUGAAGUUCCCCCUUCACGUGAUGGUGGUGAUGAUGAAGAGGUUCCUCCUUGUGGCUUUGGUUCUUACCAUCAACAAUACAGAGUUGAUGGACGUCUUAUUGCUGUGGGAGUAAUCGACAUUCUUCCUAAAUGUUUGUCUAGUAAAUACCUAUUCUGGGAUCCGGAUUUUGCAUCCUUGUCUCUUGGAAACUACUCAGCCCUGCAAGAGAUAGAUUGGGUGAAACAGAACCAAGCUCAUUGCUCUUCUCUUGAGUAUUACUAUCUUGGUUAUUACAUACAUUCUUGCAAUAAGAUGAGAUAUAAAGCAGCUUAUCGUCCUUCUGAGCUUCUAUGUCCUCUCCGUUACCAGUGGGUUCCAUUUGAAGUAGCUAAGCCUCUGCUUGAUAAAAAGCCGUAUUCUGUGUUAUCAGAUCUCAAUAAGGCGUCUGAAACAGUAGUGGAGUCGACUAGUGAACGUAAAGACAUGGUACAAAGGGAUGAUGAUAAAGAAAUGAACAACUCUGAUGAAGAAUUAGAUUCUGAUUCUAGUGUUAACUGCAAUGACAUUACCAAUAUCCUUAUCAGUCUUAAUGGAGCUAGGCUUCGGUACAAGGAUUUACUACGGAUGAUAAACAUGGGAGUUCGUAAACAACUGGAACCGGUGUUUAUCAGUUACCGGAGAGUCGUGGGAGCUGAGCUUUCGGAGAGAAUGGUGUUUGAACUACAGUAGCACUAAGCUUGGUUCAGAUCACUUAAUACUCUUUUGUAACAUUAAUAAUAUUAUCAUUGAAUCUCAGUGUUGUCAUGUUUUUUCCAUCUUGUCAUGUUUUCUCAGCAUAACAAAGUGAAACAAUUCCGCAAACUAAGAUUACAGAAUGUUAUUAUGCGUUAAACCAAAGUGAGUUUUGUUGAUUGUGUCAAGACUUGGAACAGAUCCAAACUUGAAAC